AUGGCGCGUAUAUGCGUCCGCUAUAAUAGGCAGGCAGUAGCCUCUCAACUCCUCCUCUCACUGGAUGGUCGGAGUCAACAGCAACCCGAAGGGGCAGCUGAGGCGACUACUGGCGGAGUCACCGCCGGUGGCGAGCAGGUUGUGGGGCUCCUCUUGUCUCUUGGGAGUGUGUCCAUGGCCCUGCGUAAAGCUGUGGAUGCGGGGAGCCCAGAUUCCAUUCAAAGAUGCAUCAGUGCUGUCAUCUACAGUGCGGCUGAUGUGGAGGAUGCGGCAAAUGAUCUUAUACGUGUAUGCAAAGAAGGCGACCUGACCUCAGCUGGGAGGGACUUGGUGGCCUCUCUCGUGUUGAAUCGUUGGCGACAGGAUGGAGGUGGGAGUAGAAUCAUUGGUGAGGACGUUGGCGUUAAGAUGGUCUUGAGGGCUCUUCAUGGGGCCUCUGCGGUGGCGCAGCAUUCGGUCAUGGUGGCUCUGCGGACGGCGAUUACCGCGCCAGUUGCGCAAGCGGGAAAGGACGAGGCGAGUAGCAGUGGUGACCGGUGGUGGUCUCGACUGGGGAGGUCUGAUCCCGCUGAGUCUAGAGUGCUCAUACGAAGCGAUGCUGCGGACAUGUUCCGGAACGCUGGUGGGGAGUUUUCGGGAGUUUACGGUACGACCAGAGAGCCUAGUGCUCAGUUGUCCGCGGUGGUGUUGCAGGAGGAAAGCGACUUGUGUCGGUCGCAAGCUCAGCUGGAGAGGCUAUCAGCAAUGCGGGGAUGGACCCGCGGCGGAGAGGUUGAGGAAGCUCGGAAGCUGCUGACCAAGUUGAAGGUCUUGCCGGAGUAUGAGCGGCGGUGGUGGAAAGUGGCGGUCGAUGCUUUGGUCGAGGCUGGACGCUUCUCGGAGUUGGCUCAGAUGGCGGGGAGCUCCGCCUCGGGAGGGCCUCCGAUAGGGUUCGAACCCAUCGUGGCGCUUCUUUUGGAAAACCAACAGUUUGAUCUCGCCAAGGGUUUGAUAGGGAGGUGUAAAGACAUGGAACAAGUCGCCAGCUUUUACGAGACGCUCGGCAUGCGGGAGGAGGCGAUGAAGGCUCAGCAGUUGGCAGAGCAGCAGCGUCGGUCCAUCGGUGGGAGCGGAUCCAUUCUAACUGGGUGGUCCUCUACCAUCGCCGGUGCAGUGAUGAGAGGAGGCUUCACUCGAUCCUGA